CUUGACCUCAAGUAUUGCUGCCCUCGAAUAAAACUAAAACUACCGUGACCUUUUGGCUUCACUCAUAUGUCGACCUGAUCUGCUGUUACUUCUGGUCGCAUGUUAGUGCACUCCUUUCUGCCACGCCUUCCUCACAACCUUCUCGUCUACGAAUCGUAUAGGUCAUGGAAAUUCAUUCAGUGCUCCCAGAGGAGCGAGCAAGAGAUGCGCAGGGUGACCCUCUACCAUGGGGUUACCGCUAUCCAGACUCCGCGAGGACCGCUAGACAGCCCGAAGAAAGCGGUCCAUUUGGACGGAAUCGCAGUCUGAGAUUAACCGGGUCACGUACACCUCGAGCCCGAACAGGGACGACGCCGGUGCGACAGAAGGAAAACUCUGUAGUAUCUGACUUUGGACGUUUGUACGCGAAAGAGCAGGAGAAAGAGGCCGAGAGAACAAAAUCGAUCCUGAACACACCCUCAGCCACCUCUGGCGAUGCAACACGAACCCUGGAGCUAGAAGCCAUCCCCACCGAGUGCAUCCUGUAUGGAUAUGCAGGCAAAUCUUCCGAAUGGAAAGUCCUCAGCAAGUUCGAAAAGAUCGUCAGUCCUAGUAUCAUUUGUGAAGAAUACUCUCGCGACGACCCCAAUCUCCUAAUCAGCGGAUCGCCACUUGCAUUCUCCAGAAUGCCAGCUGCCGCUCGUCUGAACCUCAGCAGGGAAGCGUUGAGGAAGAGCAGGGUGUACGUGGGCGGACAGCACUGGAUCAAGGUUACUUUCGACACUUAUCAGGCGGCCGAACGUGCAAUCCACUACAGUCCAGUUGAGAUCGAUGGCUAUCUCGUGCACUGCGAAAUGUUCACAGGCAAAGGGCCCAGUGCAGAUGUCGCAAUUCCAAAAGGCUUUGACAUUCUCGAUAGUCAGCAACUUAGCCCAGCACUGUCUGGCCCUGGACAACGAUCACAGACAUUGAGCACAACCCGGACGGAUAGUCGAAAGGGAGGAAAGGACUCGGCGGUCGCAGGUUUCGAACGGGCAUUUCAGAAUCAAACCCUGCCGAGAUCGCACACCAUGCCCGAUGCGCAGUACAGCCAGCCAACUGGCCUAGACAACCACUCCUUCUCCUCCACGACCGCCUCAUCCGCCACAGCAACCGCCCUUUCCCCACCACCGACCUCUCCCACCGCCGCCUCAGGACUCCGCUCGCGAUCGCAGCCAAACCUUCCCAGCCAAGAAUCAGCCCUUUCCCCAAACUCGGAGUUCAUGACGCAUAUCAAGGUGAAGAAGGCCAUCUUACGGCCGGCCUCCGAAGCUCUCCCUCCUCAACCCACACUUGCAGAACGAGUCCUCAGGAGUAUCCCCAUUGUGGCGUGGUUUGUCAGUGGUCAGAAAGAUGGAGUCGAUCAGGGAAUCAUCGGCGAGGGACCUCUGUUGAAGGACGAUGGAACUUGGGACGCCAACAAUGGCUGGUACUGGACUUUGUGGCACACCGUGGAUCAGUGGCUGGGCACAGAUUUCUGUGGCUUGAAGGAGGACUGAUCAAGGAUUGAAUACAGUGUGCACACGAUGCCUGAGAGAGUUUGCGUGCUCACGUUCUCCUUCAUAUGACUUGAUGCAUAGGUUUUUGAGCCCCUAACGGGGCAGGCCUUGACGAUCAUCUGUAUAUUAGCGCUGCGGGUAGCAUCGCGUGUUCUUGUCAGCACCGGUAGGGGCAUUGGGAUUGGAACUGGCAUUGGAGCAGACAUGCAAUGCAGUAGCACAGUUGCAUAACAUAGAGGAGGUGGUUGUCCUGGCAGAGAAGCACCGCGAGCUCUGAGACGAUCAUAGCAAGGCAAAUCACGACACCAUUACGUGGUUGG